AACAACUUUUCUUUUGUGUGUGGGGUUACUUUCCACUAGCCCGCCCCCUACUCCUCUCCUUUCAAGAUUUAAAUGCUAAUGGCGGAUUAAAACCUGUAGAAACGUUUGGCUUUAGAAGUCUGGUGCAUUGGGGUGACUGUCUGGCAUCACCAAGAUGACGCUCCAUGCUAACCGGGCGGCUGCACUCCUCUCAUGGGUGAACAGUCUGCGCAUGGCGGACCCUGUGGAGACCAUGCUGCAGCUCCAGGACUGCAGCAUCUUCCUCAAGAUCAUUGACACCAUCCGUGGCACUGAAGAAGGACAACAAAUCGUGAAGCAGCCAUUACCAGAGAGAUUGGACUUUGUGAGCAGUUUUCUGCAGAAAAGUCGAAAACAUCCCUCUUCCCCAGAAUGCCUGGUAUCUGUGCAAAAAUUGAUGGAGGGAUCAGAGCUGGAAAUGGCCAAGCUAACCAUGCUGCUCUUGUACCACUUUACCAUGAGCUCCAAAAGCCUCAGGGACUGGGACCAAUUUGAAUACAAGAUUCAGGCUGAGUUAGCCGUCAUCCUCAAAUUUGUGUUGGAUCAUGAGGAUGGACUAAACCUUAAUGAGGACCUAGAGAGCUUCUUGCAAAAAGCUCCUGUCCCUUCCACCCGUUCCAGCACCGUGUCUGAAGACGUCUCCCCACCCAGCCACCAGACCAAGAAGGAGAUUCGCUUCCUAGAACUACAGAAUGUUGCCUCCUCUUCCAGUGGGAACAACUUCCUUGUAGGAUCUCCAGCCUCCCCCAUGGGCGACAUCCUGCAUACGCCACAGUUCCAGGUGAGACGGCUGAAGAAGCAGCUUGCAGAUGAGAGAAGCAAUAGGGAUGACCUGGAGCUGGAGUUGGCCGACAACCGCAAGCUCCUCACUGAGAAGGAUGCACAGAUAGCCCUGAUGCAGCAACGCAUUGACCGCCUGGCUCUGCUCAAUGAGAAGCAGGCAGCCAGCCCACCAGAGCCCAGGGAGCUUGAGGAGCUACGUGGCAAGAAUGAGAGCCUCACUAUGCGGUUGCAUGAGACUCUGAAGCAGUGUCAGGACCUGAAGACAGAGAAGAGUCAGAUGGAUCGCAAGAUCAACCAGCUUUCUGAGGAAAAUGGAGAUCUUUCCUUUAAGGUGCGGGAGUUCGCCAGUCACUUGCAGCAACUACAGGGCGCUCUCAAUGAGCUGACCGAGGAGCAUGGCAAGGCCACCCGGGAGUGGGCGGAGAAGCAGGCCCAUCUGGAGAAGGAGCUCAGCACAACCGGGCAAGACAAGAAAUACCUUGAAGAGAAGAAUGAAAUCCUUCUGGGAAAACUCUCACAGCUAGAAGAACGUUCAACCCAGCUGCAGGAAAACCCUUCCCAGGAGAAGGGCGAGGUGCUGGGGGACGCCUUGCAGCUGGAAGCCCUGAAGCAAGAGGCAGCCACUCUUGGUGCAAACUGUGCCCAGCUCCAAGCCAAGGUGAAGGAGCUGGAGACUGAGCAGGGUCAGCAGGAAGCCCAACUGCUUGCUGAGCGGGGCCGCUUUGAAGAAGAAAAGCAGCAGCUGGCCGGCUUGAUUGCUGGCCUGCAGAGCUCUGUCUCCAACCUCAUUCAGGCUAAGGAAGACCUAGAGAAGGCCUCACAGGCUCAGAAUGCCCAGUUGACUGCCCAGGUGGCCACUCUGACCUCCAAGCUCACCACGCUCAAUGUCACCCUCCAGCAGCAGGAUCAAGAACUAACUGGCCUGAAGCAACAGCUGAAAAAGGAGCAGGCCCAGCUAGCCCAGACUCUCCAACAGCAAGAACAGACCUCCCAGGGCCUCCGCCACCAGGUGGACCAGUUGAGCAGCAGCCUGAAUCAGAAGGAGCAACAAUUGGAGGAGGCAGCCAAGGAGCAGAAGGCAGCUAGGCGGGACCAUGCCCAACAACUGGCCACUGCCACCAAGGAGAAGGAGGUCGCCUUAAGAGAGAAGGACACAACUCUCCAGCAGCUGGAGGCACUGGAGAAGGAGAAGGCUGCCAAGCUGGAGAUUCUGCAACAGCAACUUCAGGCUGCCAAUGAAGCCAGGGACAGUGCUCAGACCUCAGUGACACAGGCCCAGCAGGAAAAGGCAGAGUUGAGCAAAAAGAUUGAAGAACUCCAUGCUCGCGUCGAGGCAGCCCACCAGGAGCAGCGUGGGACCCAGGCCCAGGUGGCAGAGCUGGAGGCCCAGUUAAAGUCAGAGCAGCAAAAAGCAACUGAGAGACAAGGGGUGGCCCAGGAGAACAAGCAACUCCAAGAGAAGCUUCAGGCCCUUGAGGAGUCUUUGAAGGCCACCAAGCACAGCCUUGAGGAGGAGAGGCGCCAGGCUACAGACGCCCGGGAAGAGCAACAACGUCGUGUCUCGGAACUUCAGGUAGAGACCCAGAGCCUGGUGGAGCAGCAUAAACAGGAGCAGAAGGAACUAGAAGAAGAGAAGACUGAGCGCAAGAGUUUGGAGACCCAAUUACAACAGCUUGGAAAGGCCCAUCAGGCUGAGAUGGAAGCCCUGAGGCGGGAGCUGGCUGAGGCCAUAGCCUCCCAGCAAAGGGGUGAGAGUGAGUAUGAGCAACUUAUCAAGGAGGUAGCUACCUGGCGUGAGCGGUAUGAGGAGAGUCAGCAAGAGGAGGCGCAGUAUGGUGCCAUGUUCCAGGAACAGCUGGAGGCCCUAAAGGAGGAAUGUGAAAAGGCUCGCCAGGAGCUACAGGCGGCAAAGGAAAAGGUGUCAGCCAUAGAAGCCCACAGUGAGCUCCAGAUGACCCAGCAGCAGAAUGAGCUAGCUCAGCUCCGUGCCAACCUGGCUAGAGCCCACCAGCAGGUCCAGGAGAAGGAGGUCAGGGCCCAGAAGCUUACCGAUGACCUCUCCACUCUGCAGGAGAAGAUGGCAGCCACCAGCAAGGAGGUGGCCCGCCUAGAAACCUUGGUGCGCAAGGCAGGAGAACAGCAGGAGACAGACUCACAUGAGCUACUCAAGGAGCACCCCAGGUCAGGAGAUAGAGAAGCAGAGUGGCUGGAGGAGCAGCGAGGGCCCGAGUUCUGCAGCACCCAGGCCACACUGCAGGCCAUGGAGCGCGAGGCUGAGCGGAUGGGCAGUGAGCUAGAGAAGCUGCGGACUGCACUGAUGGAGAGCCAGGGCCAGCAGCAGGAGGAGCGUGGGCAGCAGGAGAGAGAGGUGGCACGACUGACCCAGGAGCGGGGCCGGGCCCAAGCUGACCUGGCCCUAGAGAAGGCAGCCAAGGCAGAGCUGGAGAUGCGGCUUCAGAAUGCCCUCAAUGAGCAGCGUGUGGAGUUUGCUGCUCUGCAAGAGGCACUGGCCCAGGCCCUGAGGGAGAAGGAAAGGAAGGAUCAGGAUCUGGCCAAGCUUCGUAGUCAGGAGGCAGCCCAGCAAACAGAGCUGGGGGAGCUUCAGCAAACCCUGAAACAACUGAAGGAACAGCUGGCUAAGAAAGAGACAGAAUAUGCUUCUGGGUCAGAGGCCCUGUCUGGUGUUGUUGGCAAGACAGAGCCAUUUGGCUCGGAGCUGGAGGCCCUGCGGGCGGAGGUGAGCAAUCUGGAACAGCAGUGCCAGAGGCAUCAGGAGAAGGCCUCCACCCUGGAACGCAGCCUAGAGGCUGAGCAGGCCUCUCACAGAGAGUGGGACAGUGCUCUGGAGACUUUGAGGGGCCAGUUAGAGGAGAAGACCGGGGAGCUGGAACGCAGCCAGGAUGCCUUAGCCUCAGCUCAGAGGGAAUUGGCUACUCACUGCGCCAAGGCCCAAGACCUCAGCAAAGCUGAGGAUGAGUGGAAGGCCCAGGUGGCCCGGGCCCAGCAGGAGGCUGAGAGAAAAAACAGCCUCAUCAGUAGUUUGGAGGAGGAGGUGUCCAUCCUGAAUCGCCAGGUCCUGGAAAAGGAGGGUGAGAGCAAGGAGUUAAAGCGACUGGUGGUAGCCGAGUCGGAGAAGAGCCAGAAGCUGGAAGAGAGGCUGCGUCUGCUCCAGGUAGAGACUGCCAGCAGCAGUGCUAGAGCAGCAGAGCGCAGCUCUGCUCUGCGGGAGGAGGUGCGGACCCUCCGGGAAGAGGCAGAGAAACAGCGGGAGGCUUCAGAACAUCUGAGGCAGGAGCUGACCUCGCAGGCAGAGCGUGCAGAGGAGCUGGGCCAAGAAUUGAAGACGUGGCAGGAGAAGUUCUUCCAGAAGGAGCAGGCCCUCUCUGCACUGCAGCUCGAGCACACCAGCACACAGGCCCUGGUAAAUGAGUUGCUGCCUGUCAAACACCUGUGCCAGCAGCUGCAGGCCGAGCAGGCUACUGCUGAGAAACACCAUCGCGAGGAGCUGGAACAGAGUAAGCAGGCAGCUGGUGGGCUGCGGACCGAGCUGCUGCGGGCCCAGCGGGAGCUCGGGGAGCUGGUCCCCCUGCGGCAGAAGGUGGCAGAGCAGGAACGAGCAGUCCAGCAGCUUCGAGCAGAGAAGGCCAGCUAUGCUGAGCAACUGAGCAUGCUCAAAAAGGCCCAUGGCCUGCUAGCAGAAGAGAACCGGGGCCUGGGGGAGCGGGCCAAUCUCGACCAGCAGUUUCUGGAAGUGGAGCUAGAUCAGGCUCGGAAGAAGCAUGUCCAAGAGAUGGCUGCUGUGCGUGCUGAUGUAGAGACCCGCCUAACUGAGGUUCGGCAGGAGGCAAAGAAUGCUGCCCAGGAGCUGGAGGUGAUGACUGCCAAGUAUGAGGGUGCCAAGGUCAAGGUUCUGGAGGAGAGGCAGCGGUUCCAGGAGGAGAGACAGAAACUCACUGCCCAGGUGGAGCAGCUAGAACUAUUUCAGAAAGAGCAAACUAAGCAGGUGGAAGAACUGAGCAAGAAGUUAGCUGACCAUGACCAAGCCAGCAAGGUGCAGAAGCUAAAGGUAGGGCCAGCGGGGGCCCAGGAAGGUGAGAGCCAGCAGGAGGCCCAACGCCUCCAGACCCAGCUCAAUGAGCUGCAGGCCCAGCUGAGCCAGAAGGAGCAGGCAGCUGAACACUACAAGCUGCAGAUGGAGAAAGCCAAAACCCAUUAUGAUGCCAAGAAGCAGCAGAAUCAAGAGCUGCAGGAACAGCUUCGAGGCCUGGAGCAACUGCAGAAGGAGAACAAGGAGCUGCGGACAGAAGCUGAGCGGCUGAGCCGGGAGCUGCAGCAGGCAGGACUGAAGACCAAGGAGGCUGAACAGACCUGCCGUCACCUUACUGCCCAGGUGCACAGCCUGGAGGCACAGGUUGCCCACGCUGACCAGCAGCUUCGAGACUUGGGCAAGUUCCAAGUGGCAACUGAUGCCUUAAAGAGCCAGGAGCCGCAGGUUAAGCCCCAGCUGGACUUGAGCGUUGACAGUUUGGACCUGAGCUGCGAGGAGGGGACCCCCCUCGCUAUCGCCAGCAAGCUGCCUCGUACCCAGCCAGAUGGCACUAGUGUCCCCGGAGAGCCUGCCUCACCCAUCUCCCAGCGCCUGCCCCCCAAGGUAGAAUCCCUGGAGAGUCUCUACUUCACUCCCAUCUCGACUCGGAGUCAGGCUCCCCUGGAGAGCAGCCUGGACUCCCUGGGGGACAUCUUCCUGGACUCAGGCCGUAAGACCCGCUCUGCUCGUCGACGUACCACACAAAUCAUCAACAUCACCAUGACCAAGAAGCUGGAUGUAGAGGAGCCAGACAGCGCCAACUCAUCCUUCCAUAGCAUACAAUCUGCUCCUCCAUCCCAGGCCAACCUGAAGACCACCUCCUCCACCCAGUCUCUACCUUGCCUGAGCUCUACCAAUGAUGGCAGCUCAGCUCUGCUCAGCCUGCCUGGCUACCGGCCUACCACUCGCAGUUCUGCUCGCCACUCCCAGGCCAGGGUAUCCAGUGGGGCCCCUUCAGGAAGGAACAGUUUCUACAUGGGCACUUGCCAGGAUGAACCAGAGCAGCUUGAUGACUGGAACCGCAUUGCAGAGUUACAGCGGCGCAACCGAGUUUGUCCCCCACACCUGAAAACCUGCUAUCCCAUAGAGUCCAGGCCUUCCCUGGGCCUGGCCACAAUCACAGAUGAGGAGCUGAAGACUGGGGAUCCUCGAGAGACCCUGCGUCAAGCCAGCAUGCAGCCGAUCCAGAUUGCUGAGGCCACUGGCAUCACUACCCGGCAGCAGCGCAAACGGGUUUCCUCAGAGUCCCACCAGGGCCCUGGCACCCCUGAGUCUAAGAAGGCUACCAGCUGUUUCCCACGCCCCAUGACUCCCCGUGACCGACAUGAAGGGCGCAAACAGAGCACUACCAAGACCCAGGAGAAAGCAGUUCCAGCUGUUAAACAGGCUGACCGGCGCCAGUCAAUGGCCUUUGCCAUCCUCAACACACCCAAGAAGCUUGGGAAUAGCUUUCUGAGGCGGGGAGCCUCAAAGAAAGCUCCGUCCAAGGCUUCCCCCAACACCCGCAGUGGAACCCGCCGCUCUCCUCGCAUCGCCACCACCACCACCAGCGCUGCCGCCGUCCCUCGGACCAAGGGCAAGGUGGGUGCCUGUGACUCCUGA